ACAACACUCCGAGUGAACGGGCGGAUGUUGUUACUCGACUUUAUUUGCGUUUUAUCGGUUUAUAGAUAAUUAAUUGUACUUGAUUCGACGCUUGCCUAUUUAUAGUGAUACAUCAACGACUAUCAUCAUACAAGAUGUCUCUUGCGGGGUUUAAAAAGCAGUUGAACAAGGCUAAUCAAUAUAUGAGCGAGAAGAUAGGGGGAGCAGAAGCCACAAAGCUCGAUGAAGACUUCGUUGAAAUGGAGCGGAAAACUGACAUCACAAAUGAGUUGGUGGAAGAGCUACAGACUAAAACCAAGACCUACUUACAGCCGAAUCCAGCCUCACGAGCGAAGAUGUCAGCGUCAAACACGAUGGCGAAGAUUCAGGGCCAAGCGAAGCAGGUGUCCUACCCACAGCCUGAGGGUCAGCUGGGAGAGACGAUGGUCAGAUUCGGCCAGCAGCUGGGAAUGAACUCUAAUUUCGGUACUGCCCUGUUGGAGGUCGGGGAAGCCUACAAGCAGCUUGCCGACAUCAAAUACGCACUAGAGGACAACGUAAAGCAGAACUUCCUCGAGCCCUUGCAGCUGCUGCAGUCAAAGGACCUGAAGGAAGUGAUGCACCAUAGGAAGAAGUUGCAUGGCAGACGUUUAGACUACGAUUGCAAGAGGCGAAAGAAAGCGAAAGGCUCGAACGUGCCGGAAGAGGAGAUGCGCAUGGCCGAGGACAAGUUUGAGGAGUCGUGGAACCUCGCUGAGGCGGCGAUGGUCAACCUGCUCGAGAACGACGUCGAGCAGAUCUCUCAGCUGCACGCGCUCGUGCAGGCGCAGCAGGAAUACUUCCGCCAGUCGGCCGACGUGCUAGAGGAAGUGCUCGAGAAGCUGGAGGUCGAGAAGCAGGAUGCGGCAAGCCGGCCGAAGCGCGAGGCUUCCAUACACCGGCUGCCACGUAACGGCAGCGACUCGAUGGGCUCGGACGCGUGGGACAGCAGCGGCGCGGACGCGGCGAGCAACGCCAAGAACCGCGACUCCGACAGCUUUGCGCAGGACCCGUGGGGCAACAACAGCUCGGCGGCGCCACCUAGCUACAGCAAGAGCACCGAGAAGAAACCGGCGGCGCGCGGGCCGUGCUGCGAGGCGCUCUACGACUUUGAGCCGGAGAACGAGGGAGAGCUCGGCUUCCAGGAGGGAGACGUCUUGCAGCUAAUCGCGAAGAUCGACGAGAACUGGUACGAGGGAUCGAUCCGCGGCAACACAGGAUUCUUCCCCGUCAACUACGUCAAGGUCCUCGUCGACCUGUAACACGGUGGCGGCCAUGGCUGCGGAGGUCGUGGUGGCGGAGGUCGUGGCGGCGGAGGUCGUGGCGGCGGAGGUCGUGGCGGCGGAGGUCGUCGCGGUCGUGGCGACGGCUGCUCGGACUCUUACAUAGCUUACGAUGAUUAUCGAUGACGAUGGAUGGCGGCUGUUUGUGGUUUGUCUCCACCCGACGGAGAGGGAGAGAGAGAGAGAGAGAGAAGGAGAGAAAGAGAGAAGGAGAGAGAAAGGGAGAGGGGGAAAAAGA